CGCCUUUCCAGUUUCCGCCUAUACAUAACCUUUCAGAUCCAAAUCCGAAUAAAAUCAAUAAUGAUUUUUUUCAUAAAAUGUAUCUGAAAAUUACAACAAAACAGCACAGGAAGGAUUAUAAAUAGUGAAAUCGUGAUUCGAGAUACAAGGAAUCUUGUCCUAAUGUCUCAACCAUCCACAGAAGAAUACUGGUAUUUAAGUCCUACAUAAUUGGGUAUGGAUUCUCAAGAUCAUGCACUCCAUAAUGAAUCUUUGGAAAAGGCCACUAUCAAGGUCCAUCUUCCAAAUGGUGGAUUUAACGUAGUCCGUUAUACAGACAGUAUAGACAUCAAGGGUUUAAUUGGAACUGUAACAGAAAAACUCUCGACUGAAAAUGGAUUUUAUAACGGACUAUUUGCCAUGCGGCUCGCACGGCCUCCCACUAAAGAGAUUAACUGGCUGCAUAAAGACCUUACAAUGCUGCAGAUUCACGAUAGAUAUCUACAAAACCACCCUAAUGCCGAAUGGCGUUAUGAACUUAGGAUAAGGCAUCUACCUCCGACUUUUAGAGAGCUUUGUAAUAAGGAUAAAGUAACUUUCACGUUUUUUUAUGAACAAGUUCGGAGUGAUUAUUAUGCAGAAUUACAUUCAAAACUAGACCAGGACAUAGUAUUACAUUUAUGUUGCUUAGAAAUAAGGAAAUACCUAAAAGACAUGUCUUCGACGGGCUUAGACAAAAAAUCAACCAUAGAAUAUUUGGAUAGAGAAGUGGGACUUCAGAAAUUCGUACCUCAAGGGUUUUUAGAUAAACUUAAACCAAAAGUAUUAAAAAAGUAUAUUCAAACACAAUUUAAAAAAAUGGGCACUACCAACGAACUAGAUUGUAUGCUACAAUUCUUAGAAAUCCUAAAACAACAUACUAAUUUUGAUCAGGAAAGAUUCGAAGUGGAUUACGGCACAAGUUUCACUAUACCUAUUGAAUUGAUCAUUGGUCCUGAGAUUGGCAUACAAGCAACCGCUACAAGAAAAAUAGAUUUUAGGCAUAUUAAAAACUUGCAAAUCGAAGAGGGCAAAGGCACAUCGAAAAUUGCUUUAAGACUCAAACUGGCUACUAGCGAAGAAGUUUUGUGUUUUCUUUGUGCUAACAUUACUAUUGCUGAAAGUCUAGCUAAUUUAAUUGAUAGCUAUUGUAGAUUACAUUCCGAUAUUGGCGAGCCUGUUUGGAAUAUUUCUGAAACGUUUCAAAGAGAUAUUAAAAAAAAGGGUAAAUUUUCUAAAAGCGAUGGCAUAUUACUUUCUGAGGAUUAUGCUGAAAUUAUUGAGGAAGGAGAUUAUUCGGUACCUGCAGUAAGAGAUUAUGAACUUAACCGAGACCACAUUGAAUUAGGUAUAAUUUUGGGUAAAGGCCAAUUUGGAGAUGUUCAUAAGGGUACUGUUAUGACCAAAGAAGGCAGUAUUGUACCUGUAGCUAUUAAAACUUGCAAAGAAGAUGCUGAUGUUUCUACUACAGAAAAAUUCCUUGAAGAAGCUUAUAUCAUGCAAAAAUUUGAUCAUCCUCAUAUAAUUAAACUGAUCGGUGUCUGUAGUGAUUCUCCAGUAUGGAUAAUAAUGGAGUUGGCAAAAUUAGGAGAAUUAAGGGCCUAUUUACAAAGUAACAAAUCCUUAUUAGAAUUAGAAACUUUAUUGAAUUUUGCAUUUCAACUAUCUACUGCUUUAAGUUAUUUAGAAUCUAAAAAAUAUGUGCAUAGAGAUAUAGCUGCCAGAAAUGUAUUAGUAAGUUCUGAAACUUGUGUAAAAUUAGCUGACUUUGGAUUGUCCAGAUGGAUGGGUUCCGAUCAAAGUUAUUAUAGGGCUUCUAAGGGUAAAUUGCCUAUAAAAUGGAUGAGCCCUGAGAGUAUUAAUUUUAGGAGAUUUACUACUGCCAGUGACGUUUGGAUGUUUGGAGUAUGUAUAUGGGAAAUCCUCAUGUUAGGUGUAAAACCAUUCCAAGGAGUAAAAAACAACGACGUAAUAGGUAAAAUUGAAAACGGAGAAAGACUGCCUUUGCCGGAAAGCUGUCCGCCUCGCUUGUACUCGUUAAUGUCGCAGUGUUGGGCUUACGAGCCGAGCAAACGGCCCGCUUUUAGAGAAAUCAGGGAAAUAUUGCAAGAAAUUUUGUUGGAAGAACGAAGCAGUCAACAGAAUACUUUGAGACGUGAAACAAGACGAUUGGCUGCCAUGUCGUGGAGUUCUACCGAUGAUGUCAGUCCGCCACCGAAACCAUCAAGACAUCCAGUUCUAGAAUCAUCAAUGGAAAAUCCAUCCACAACCUACGCUCCACAGACUUAUAUCGUCGCCCAGAAUCCGGAAGUAUUGGCGCACCUAAUGAAAGAAAACGAAAACAGAGGCCUCACACCUGCAAUGUACACUGUUCCUGCAUCGGUAUUUAAUACUGUAGCUGUAGAAUUCGAUAACCACGAACACAUUCCCGAUCCCGUUCUAAAAACUCGCCCCAUUCCCAUACAGAGUCUUAAAAAAUUAGAUCCGCAAGUUCCUAACGAGUCAAGUUUAGAUAGUGCGGAAAAAGCUUCGUAUGUUGAUAAAAAUUCAUUGUUAAAGCAAGAUUUGAUUGAGAAAAAGGAAAUUGAAUCUAAUUUUUCUUCGAAAACGUCAACUUUAGAACGGAAGCCUUCGUUGAGCUACACCUCACAUUCUUUAGACAAAUCAGGAAAUUUGCAUUUUACCCAACAAGAUUUACCCAAAGUUCAAUCCCUUGAAAGGAGACGUAAUUAUAGCGCUUACAAUUCCUUAGAGCGCAAGCCCAAUUAUACAUUAGAAUCCAUUCCAACUUACCAUCAGGAGCCGACUAUGUACGAAAAUAAGUCAACUGUGGCAAUCGAAGAGAGUUUGUAUGAUUUCGGUGGUGAAAAUGUGAAAAGUUGCGCUCAUAAGCAACCAUUAAUGGUACAAACUCGUCCAGUCGACAGAUAUUAUCAAGCUUCACCGCAGCUCACGACCCAAUUUAAUUCGGAUCAAACAAGGGAAAUAUCUCAUUUACCCACCGAACAUGUUAUGCAAAGAAAAUUGCGCCAACAACAAUUGGAAAGUAAUGAAGACUCUAGAUGGCUUGCCGAAUCUGAAAUUAAUUUAGAAAAACGCUUAAGUUCAAUUCCAGUAGAUGCAUUGGAUAGUAUGAGUUUAAAUUCUUUUAGUGUGUCAGGUGUUGAUGAAUUAAAUUCGGAUAAUAUGGCUACUAGUAUUCAAAAUAGUACAGAAUCUUUGAAUAAAAGUAAGAGCUCUUCUCCUGUCCUUACUUCAGCUAGUAUGAGCAGUUUAGAACAAAAUCAGAUUGGAACAAGCGAACAAAAGGAUACAAUCAGUCUUGUACGUGAAAACGACAAAGUCUACAAAUGCACCACUGAAGUAGUAAAAGCCAUUAUGCUAUUGUCGCAAGGUGUCCAAAAUUCCCGUUCUGAACAGUACUUAGAGUUAGUAAAAAAUGUGGGUUUGGAAUUGAGACUACUUUUAACCAGUGUGGAUGAAAUUGUGAGCAGUCUACCUCCGAAUAUGUUGAGAGAAGUUGAAAUGGCUCAUAAAGUACUAUCGAAAGAUAUGAGUGAACUAGUCAGCGCUAUGAAAUUGGCCCAACAAUAUAGUAAAACUACUUUGGAUGCUGAAUAUAGAAAAGGAAUGUUAAGCACUGCUCAUAUUUUGGCAAUGGACUCGAAAAAUUUGCUCGACGUCAUUGACAAUUUGAGACUGCAACAAUCUCAAAGUGAUAAUUACGAGAAGAAAAAUGAAGCGAUUGAAGAGCAUGAUUCGUCAGCAGAAUUAUCUGAUUCUAUAUCUGUCCAAAAUGAUACAAAGUCUCCAGACAAUGGAAUAUUUAAGCAUACCAGCUAGAUUAUUAAUAAUUAUAUUAAUUAAUUAUCUGUGUGAUAUUAUUAGAUAUUUAGUGGUUUUAAAAGCUAACAAAAAUUUUUUUUAUUUAAACUUUUAAGUAGAGUUUCGCAAGUGUGUUUUAAGAUUGUCGGGCUUUUAAUAAUGUAUUCCAUUUUGAAACAGACUUAUUUUUAAAAUAAAUGUAACUUUUUUUUAUAUGCAAAUAGAUGAAAAUGCCUCUAUUAGUCAUUAAUAAAUUAUUCCAAACAA